AUGGAGAACAAAGAACCCCUUAUUUCAACGGCCAACAAUGAUGGAUACGGUGAUGAAGAACAAGCCAAGAAGGUUUCCAAGGAUGAAAGAUGGAUGGUUUACUUCAGUACUUUUGUUGCUGUUUGUGGUUCUUAUGAAUUUGGCUGCUGUGCGGGAUAUUCAUCACCUACCCAAUCUGCCAUCAGGGAUGAUCUGAAUCUUUCCAUCCCAGAGUACUCAUUGUUUGGUUCACUAUUGACCUUUGGUGCAAUGAUUGGCGCGAUUACAAGUGGUCCAAUUGCUGAUUUCAUCGGCCGGAAAGGGGCAAUGAGAGUCGCAAGCGUUGUGUGUGUGGGAGGAUGGCUCGCCAUUUACUUUGCCAAGGGUGUUCUGUCUCUGGAUAUUGGAAGACUGGCAACAGGCUAUGGAAUGGGAGUCUUUUCAUAUGUGGCACCUAUCUUCAUCGCUGAAAUCGCACCCAAAGAAUUAAGGGGUGCUUUGACCACCUUGAAUCAGCUCAUGAUAUGCACCGGGGUUUCAGUUUCCUUCAUCAUUGGGACGUUGGUAACAUGGAGAACAUUGUCAAUAAUAGCACUCGUACCAUGCGCUGUUCUGUUCCUUGGCCUACUCAUGAUUCCAGAAUCUCCAAGAUGGCUAGCUAAAACAGGACGACAAAAAGAAUUCGAAGUAGCUCUACAAAGACUUCGCGGUAGCAAUGCUGACAUAUCUGCAGAAUCUGCUGAAAUUCAAGAUUACAUAGAAACACUUCAGCGGCUCCCACAGGCUACAGUGGUUGAUUUGUUUCAAAGAAGAUAUUUGCCUUCAGUUACUAUAGGAGUUGGGCUCAUGGUUAUUCAACAAUUUGGAGGAAUCAAUGGAGUCUGCUUUUACACCAGCAGUAUUUUUGAGUCAGCAGGAUUCGACCCUGCUCUUGGAACAAUAAUUUACGCCAUUCUUCAGAUCAUUAUCACAGCAAUGGGAGCAUCUUUGAUAGACAGAGCUGGAAGGAAACCUCUUUUAUUGGAUCAUGGAAUAGCACAAAAUGCGGUACCAGUACUUGCAGUAACUGGAAUUCUGGUCUAUAUUGGGGCCUUUUCAGCAGGAAUGGGAGCGGUGCCAUGGGUGGUGAUGUCAGAGAUAUUCCCAAUAAAUAUCAAAGGAGUAGCUGGAAGUCUUGCAACGCUGGUGAACUGGUUUGGAGCAUGGGCGUGUUCCUACACAUUCAAUUAUCUCAUGGUUUGGAGCUCUUUUGGAACUUUCAUGCUGUAUGCUGCAGUUUACGUGCUGGCAAUCUUCUUUGUGAUCUUCGUAGUACCCGAAACCAAAGGUAGAACAUUGGAACAAAUUCAAUCUGCGAUUAGCUCUUCGCACUGA